CUAGAUACUAUUUUAUCUGUAGAUGAAAAUUUGCGGUAGGUCUGUAAGAUGUAGCUAUGAAAUAUAUAGGCCUGAAUUUAAAUACUAGUUUCUCCAUAAAUUUUUAUAAUUAUAUAUUCUAAGUUUUAUCUAAUUUGUCAUUAAUAUCCAAUAACCAAGUUGACAUGGUGAUAUCAGUAUUAGAUGAAAAUAUAACCACUACAUGUCAGUCAGUCAAAUAGUCAUGCAACAACACUGCUCGAUGAGCUUACACAUACAAUUUCGAAGUAAUUUUGUGCUAAAAAUGGUAUUUGCUAGUGUUAUCUUCGUGAGAAGAUGAUUGCCAUAUCAUUUGGAGUAAUCAUAGCAGAAAUUAAUUACUGUGAUAUGAUUGUUAUUCCGUUGAGUUAAGAGAAUAUCUAUUCUAACCCCAAAUUAUAGUAAAAAUGUCAUUAGAAUCAUUGGUUUCUAAUGACUUGCAAGAUGUUGACAGUCCACAAAUACAAACUCCCCCAAAAAUGGGGGUUUCUAAAAUUACGCUGGGAAUUAUUUUUGGCAUUGCAACAAUUGCAAUUAUUACUGGUGUAGCUGUAGGAUUUUAUUGGAGUUCGAUAUUCGAUAGAAUACUUCGACAUGAGCUUAUAUUAUCUCCAACUUCACAAAGUUAUUUAUUAUGGGAGAAAACGCCAAUUCCUAUGUAUCUAAAAGUUUAUUUAUUUAAUUGGACAAAUCCUCAUGACUUUAAAAAUCCAGAAUCAAAACCGCAUUUUAAUGAAUUAGGGCCUUAUGUUUUCCAAGAAAUAGAUUAUAAAGUGAAUCAAAUAUGGAAUGAUAAUGAAACUGUCACAUUCCAACAGAAAAGAAUUUGGAUUUUUCAGGAAUCCAUGUCAAAUGGAACUCUAAAUGACCGUGUGACUAAUUUAAAUCCUAUAGCUGCAUCAGUAGGAUACCAAAUGAGAUAUAAAUCAGAAUUUAUUCAACGAAUGGUUAAUAUUGCAUUAGAGAUGUUCAAUGAAAGUACAACAAUAACCAAAUCUGUUCGAGAAGUAUUAUUUGAUGGCUAUGAAGAUAAAUUCUUAGAAGUUGCUACUAAAUUAAAUCUUACAACUGUCCCAUAUACCAGAUUCGGUUGGUUCUAUGCUCGAAAUGGAUCGGACUUUAACGAUGGAACUUUUAAUGUACGGACAGGAUUAUCAACUCUUACUAGUACUGGAAUUCUUCAAGAAUGGAACUACAGUAACAAAUCUAAAUAUUUUCCUGGUCAAUGUGGCCAUAUUAAUGGCACAUUAGGUGACUUAUGGCCUGUUCUUCCUGAUAAUGCUACUGUACCUGUUUUUGCACCGGAUGUUUGCACAUUACUUAAUUUAGAGUAUCAUAAUACGUCUGAACAUAAUGGUUUAAUCGGUAAAAAAUUUAUUUCUACAUCAAGAAUGUUCGAUAAUGGUACGAAAGUACCAUCUCGAGCUUGUUAUUGCCAAGGUGUAGAAUGUCAACCAAGUGGAACAUUAAAUGUAUCAAGUUGUAAAUUCAAUGCACCUGCAUUUGUCAGUCUACCUCAUUUUAAUCUUGCCGAUGAAAGUUAUAUAAAUGCAGUAACUGGUUUAAAACCAGAUCAAGAAAAACACCAGUUCUAUAUGGUUGUACAACCGGAUGUUGGUGUUCCACUUCAAGUGAGAGCCCGAUUGCAAUUAAAUUUACUAGUUCAGCCAAGCAAAGUUAUCAAAAUAUUCAAGAAAAUACCUCGUGUAUAUAUGCCUAUAUUGUGGUUUUCUCAGGAGGCAGAUUUAACGCCAGAAUACACGAAACAAAUUCAAUUUAUUUUAACUCUUCCAACGUUAGGUGAAGUUACUUUUUAUGGAAUUGCCAGUAUAGGCCUAUUAUUAUCGUUCAUUGGAUUUUUACUUUGUCUUCGGGGAUGGAAAAAGGCUGACGAUGCUCAAAGAUUAAUUUCAAAAAGGGAAGAAACUGGUGUUCCUCCAAAUUAAUUAGACAAAGCUAAGAGAAUAUUUAAUUACUUGAUUCUAAUGUUCGAAAAUCAUUACUUGAACAAGUAGUUCUGUUUAUAGUUAUCGUUGUCGAAAUGUUAAACCAUUUUAAUGAAGUUGAGGACUUAUGAUAUCCUUAAGUAAAGUACAAGAAAUUUAGGGGACAGAAUUAUUAGUAAUUCUAAUGUUAUCCUAAUCAAAAAUUAGCCAAGUAUGGUGAUAUAAAAGUGCCUCACAAUUGGAUUAAGAAAAAAAUUCUUUAUAAAGUAUUACUAAACUGCUUUCCAAUUUUUCGAAAGGAUUGACAGAUGGUGUAAUGACGAUAUUACUUUAACGAAAUAUUUUUAAAUAUUGAUAUUGAAAAAAUGAUAGGGACAAAAAUUGAAUUAUUUUUCUCAAAUGCUGGUAAUCUCGUACAAACAUCAGUGAAUUUACUUAAUAGACUCAGUCUAAUUUUGUUACGCAAAUAAAAUUUUUUUUGAAUAAUUUUUAUUUGAGCAAGAAAUUCAAGUGAAUAAUAGCUGCACACGUUUUUUAAUGUUUAUCAUUAAAUGAAUAUUUAUACACAUGUUGUGUAAAUUUUGCAAAGUAAAGCAUGACAAUCGUCCCAAUAUUUUAUGAACAAAUAUGAAAAUUGUAAAUAACAAAAAUUAAAAUAGAUUUUAUUGUUUUAAAGAUUUAAAUAGAUACUACGUGCAUGUUAUUCACAGCAGGACUGAAAGGAAAUAGUUAGAUAGUUUAUAACAAUAAUAUUCUUGUUCUUGACUAGUGUAAAUAUUUUUAAUAUAAAAAAUAUUUAUAAGAAAAAAAAUCAAAUCAUUAAAUGAUUCAAAAUAAAUUGUUAAAUUAUUAAAAAUUUUAGCUCAAUAAAAUUAACUAAAUUAAAAAAUUCAAUUCUAUGUGAAAUUGUCUUAUUAUGGACAAAAUAUUUUUACAGCAUUUGGUAUUAACUUAAGUUUCAUUGGCUUUAAUUCAAAUUCUUCAUUGUCGAUAGAAAAGUACUGUUGAUCAUCCUGUAAUUAAAAGACAUACCUUAUUAAAUAAUCACAAACAAGAUUAAUCCAAUUACUUACCGAAUUAUCUGACAUAGUAGGCAUCAACUCUAAAUCUUUAGCCUCAAAUGUCUUCUGUACAAGGGUUAUAUAACCUUUAUUCCUUCUCCAUCCUUCUUUGACGAAAUCUAAAUAACUUAUAUUUUCAGGACCUAAAUGAAUUUUUUUGUAUUAUUAAUAAUUGAUCGUAAUUAAGUUAAUAAUGAAUGUACUGAUGUUAAAAUAAAAAUCCAGUGAUUAAUUAAA